AUGUCUUCUGCCACGAGGCGCCCUCCCCACCACCAGCAGCAGCAGCACGCCCCCCAGGGCGCGACGGCCACCAAAGAGGCGGCGGCGGAGGCGCGCGGCACGAGCGUGGGCGGCUGGGUGCUGCCCGCCAUCGGCCUCUUCGUGGGCGUACUCACCCUCACCCUCACGUACGUGCUGGCCAUGGCCUAUGCUCCCAAUGGGUCCGUGCAGUACUGGUUCAUCUCCCAGAUGGGGUCCAACCGGCCGGCCUACUUUUUCUACGCGUACGGCUGCUGCCUUGCCGCAGGGCUGCUGAUCCCGUGCGCGUGGAUCUUCGCCGCCCACAACGCUUCCAAGCUGCAAACCGAUCUCUCCCGCGUGCGCCGCACCCUCAACUCCCUCUCCAUGGCGUCCGCCAUUGUGUCGGUGCUGGCGUUGGGCGGCCAGAGCGUGUACCCCAUGGGUGACGGCAAUCCGAUCCACAUCGGAUUCGCGUCCCUGUUCUUCCUGGGGGUGUGGGCGCAUGCCCUCCUCACGGCCCUCCUCUACGCCCACGCCUAUCGUGAUCCUCGGGUGGUCAUGGGCGAACACGAGGGCUUCUGGGUGCAGUGGAAGGCGCUGUGCACGGCCCUGACCUCCGUUUUCACCCUUCUCACUGUGGGGGUGCUGGCCUUCGAUGGGUGGCUGCAUUUGGACGAGGGCUUAACGUGGGGGCCUUCCUUCGUCUCCUGGCUCACCGCCGAGAAGGAAAAGGCGAGCCUACUGUGCUACUUCAUCUCCUACUUCCACGACCUGGCCCACGUCCAGAUCGUUGUCUGCCAAUCCGCGCCAGUGACCUCUUCCCCUGCUGGGCGAAAGCACAGGCGCCAGCACUGA